AUGGAGGCGAUGAAGGUUGAAACCAUAAGUAAAGAAAUCAUAAAACCAUCUUCCGCAACACCAAAUGAUCUUCGAACUCUUCAACUCUCCAUCUAUGAUCACAUCCUCCCACCCAUUUACACUGUAGCCUUUCUCUUCUACACCAAAGAUGAUUUGGUCUCUCAAGAACAGAACACUUCACACAAACUCAAGACCUCUCUGUCCAAAACUUUGACCAAGUUCUACCCUCUUGCCGGAAGAAUCAAUGGAGUCACUGUAGAGUGCAACGAUGAAGGAGCCGUCUUUGUCGAAGCUCGUGUUGAUAAUUGUCCUCUCUCUGGUUUCCUAAGAUCUCCGGAUUACAAAGCUCUCCAACAGUUGCUUCCUCUAGACAUCGUCCAAAACCCGUACGAGGCUGCUGCUACUUGGCCUUUGCUGAUGGUGAAAGCUACUUAUUUCCAAUGCGGAGGCAUGUCCAUAGGAAUCUGCAUCACUCAUAAAAUCGCGGACGCAGCUUCCAUCUCAACUUUUGUUCGAUUUUGGGCUGCCACGGCUCGAGGAGAGAACGAUGCUGUGAUGGAGAAUCCUGAAUUUGUUGCAGCAAAUUUCUAUCCACCAGCCAAUGAGGCCUUUAGGCUUCCAAUGGACGAACAAGCUAACAAGAGAAGCAACAUCACAAAGAGAUUUGUGUUCCCUGCGUCUAAGUUGGAAGAGCUCAGGAACAACGUCGCUAGUAUAGAAGCAUUAGACCGACCUACGCGGGUCGAGAGUGUCACUGCGCUUAUUUGGAAAUGCUUUGCCUCAAAUAAAAGUACUUGUGAUCACAAAGUGCUGAUCCAGCUAGCUAACUUGCGCUCCAAGAUACCUUCCCUUCAAGAAAGCUUGAUUGGGAAUAUCAUGUUCUCUUCUGUGGUCUUGAGUAUUGGUCGAGAAGAGGAAGUUAAACUUGAAGAGGCUCUUAGGGACUUACGGAAGAAAAAGGAAGAGUUAGGAAUUGUGAUCCAAGACGCGGACAGGUCAUCUGACUCAUCUUCCAUGGCCGGUUCUAAAAUAGCAAAUCUGAUGCUCACUAAAUACUCGCAGUUGAGCUAUGAGACUCACGAACCUUACACAGUGAGUAGCUGGUGCAAGCUACCACUUUACGAGGCCAGCUUUGGAUGGGGAUGUCCGGUUUGGGUUGUCGGAAAUGUGGCCCCUGCAUUUGGCAACUUGGCCAUUCUAAUAGAUUCCAAGGAUGGACAAGGGAUUGAAGCAUUUGUGACCCUGCCUGAAGAGAACAUGUUGGCCUUUGAGCAGAACCAAGAACUACUCGCUUUCGCUUCCCUGAAUCCUACUGUCUUGGUUUGAAUCAUGCAAUAUAAUUUGCUGUUCCAUGAAUAAAAAGUUGGAUACAUUGAGUUGAAUCAAAUCGUUGUCU